AUGCUGUUCCCAGCAGCCGGCCUCGUCGCGAUCGCUACUGCCGGCCUCAUCGCGGUCGGGCACCACGUUACCCAACGCUUCUUCCUCGCGCUGGGCCUCGGUUGGACAAAGCGGAGAAAUUAUGCGGUGUCGCGGGACUACUGGGAGAGCCGCUACUCGGGCCGCACCUGCUGGUCACUGCGACCCCACGAGCAGGCAUUCCACCUGGCGACGGCUCACCCGGCCUUGCUGCUCGUGGCGAUGCUCUGGCUGUGUGCGCCGUCGCUGGUCGUAGUUGAGCCGGGUACGCUUCCCGUGAGCAGCCUGCAGGGCGGGUCGCCGCCUGGCCUGCCCUUCCUGGGAGUAUUUCACGUCGCUGGGCUGGGCUCCCCGCUGAUGCUUUACGACACCUCGCACUGCUCGUGGGAUGAAGGGACGCGCAUCGCCCGCUGCCCGCUCAAAGGUGCCGCAGUCGCGUGGUCUGGAGCCACGGGCGGGGCCGGCGGGCUCUCCUCAGAGAGCGGGCUGGCUGCCCUAGCGGCAUCGCUGAGCACGAACCUCCUCUCCCUCGCCACCGCUCUCCUCCAGCCCUCGCUCGUCUUCCGCUUCGAGCCAUCGCGGCGCAGCGCCUCGGUGACGGGCGAGGCGCUCGGCCUCUCGGCGCCGACCGCCUCGCUGCUCACCUCCCACCGUGGCGGCGUGUGGCGCUGGGAAGGCCGGGAGAUGGUGCCCCUCAUGACCAAGGCGGGCAGGCGCAACCGCGGCAACCUCAACAAGCUCGCCGCCGCCGCUCGCGCCGCACAGUGA